GCCUUUUUCAGAGCGGCAAUCAAUAAACCGCACAACCACCCCCACCCCAACUGCGCUUUACUUGGGUUUUAAUAACGGACCAAGCCGAGUUUUGAUUAUUCUCCAGUUCUACUCGGCUAGGCUAGCACAUCAAAAUGAUAAAAUUGGCACUUUUUAAAUUAGGGAAUUCACAUACCCUAUCUGUGGGUCUAAAAUGUAUGUGUGAUUUAUUGGCAGAAGUACUAUCAUAGUCCCAUCAUUAAGGAGUCUCUUCUAAAACCUUUGUUUACCUAAUUUAUGGUAACCCCCUUUCCGUACAUUUUCUUCAUUUGAACGUUUUAAAAUAAGGAUCAACCCAACAGAAGACAAUGUUAGAUUUACUAUGUAACAGAUUUCUGUAAAAUCAUUCAUAAGACAAAAUAUUGUAAUCUUGGUUAGAGUCGUGUAAUUGGUUAAUGGUUUUAGAAAUUGUGGAAUUUACUAACUAAAGACAGAUCAAAGACAACGCACGCUGAUAUUUACUCGGUUGAUGAAGACCUUCAACAAGGCAGGUGAAACCGAAAGCAUUUUCCUUAGUUGGCACGGAUGAUUUUACGCAACACCUUCUAGGCGCGAGCUUAAUGUAAGAAAGCUGUCCUCAAGUGGCGAACUAUACAGCAAUAAUCACAAACUCAUUGAUGCUCCGUGGUCUCUAGUAAUCCCACUCAACAGGAUCCUUCUAACAACUAUCGAUUACGGCUUAAACCUUAACAAUUUACCGACAAGUACUUCGAUUUAUUUGUUCAUUUCAGCGCGUGCACAAAUUUGAAAAUGAAGUGUAUGACGAAGGAGGAAACUCGUUACCAGAUUUGGCUUUUGACAGCGAUCAGAUUGCUAUACGAAACCCCCCAUCAGUAAUUGAUGAUGUAUAUACAUUCUACUAUCCACCGGAGAAGAGAACAGAAAGGCAUGCUGAUGGGAUAUUUAAUAAAGCCUAUAGGACGGUGCUGGGUCAGUUGUCAGCAAGAAAAUAUCUCCAUUCUCUGAUGGCAAAGCGUGUAGGAGGAGGCAGCAGUAUGGAGGAUGAUUCAGAACCUUUAUCUAAGAGGCAUUCGGAUGGUAUCUUUACAGACAGCUACAGCCGCUACAGGAAACAAAUGGCUGUCAAGAAGUAUCUGGCAGCAGUCCUUGGGAAAAGCCCUGAAGACAUUAAUUUUGACCAUAUGCUACUGGACAUAGACCUUCAUGCCCUGCUUCAAGGGGAUUUUGAUCCUUAUGAUUUGGGAGAAUUCCUGAAACUGAUUUCUCCUUCGGUGAGUCCGAUCACAAAGGCUCCUUUACACAAGACUGUCUCCGGGGAAUCUGUCCCCCUGUAUUCGCUUCAAUACUUCCGUGUCAUCUUUAUCUCUAAACCUAUCAGUGAUUUUGUUUUCCUUCUUCUUCUUUAUUUCUUAAUACGUGUUACAGGUGUUUAACAAGUUUAAUCUUUGCCAAAAUUCUGCUACAUGCAUUUCCUUAAGAAAAAAAUCGAUCCAAAAAUAUAAAAACACAUACACGCAUAUUACGUUGUACGUAAUGCCCUAAUGAAUGAAAUACUUGAUAUUUUGAGAGAUAGCAAAAUAUUUCGAUGUCGUAUUAGUCACCAUCUCAUUUACACACACACACACACGCAAACACACACACACACACACACACACACACACACACACACACACACACACACAUAUAUAUAUAUAUAUAUAUAUAUAUGAUUUGAAAACUUGCACAAGUCCCGUUUUGUUUUAAUUUUUCAUUUUCAUUCCAAUCUGACCUCUUACGAAAAGGAAAAAAAAUCCUUCAAAUUUGUGCAAAGUAUUAUGUGUUACUCUCUAGUGCUAUCUCUGUCUGCUGAAUCAGUUAACUAUAUAAUCUCAGUUAAGAAAAGCUUUUAACUACUGCCUGGGUGUGUUGUUUCUGUUUGUCGUUUGAUCUCUAUACUAAUUCUUAACUUGCAAAUUCAAGUGUGCACUUAUCUCAGUCUCCUCUUUAUUGUGCCUCAUCUUUCUUACUUUCUAAGGAAAAAAAAUAUGCUUAUUCUGUAAAGCUUCUUGAAACAUUUAAUGUGUUAACGACUUUAAUCGGUAUGCAACCUAAAACGACACCAAUUUCUUCUGGUCACUAUUAUUUGGUAAAAUUGUACUGUGUAUACUGUAGAAAAUGUUUAACCAAUUUCAGACUUCUUUCGCUGCAGUCAAUCUUUUGUUUUUUUUAUUACAUUCUUUUGAAUGUACGCAUCUGAGCACCAAGUGAUACUGUUUCAUGUGCAUGAUGAACCUGAAUAAAAUAAAUAUUAGAGCUACAUAAUAUUUAGCACAUAAAGAAAUCACUGAAGUGGUGUCGCUUUAACAUGUGUCCCUUCUUCAUGCCUUGAAUUGAUUAAGCAAUUCAUUUUGAUUUAAGUGUUAGAUAUGCCUUCAUCUUCAGUUGUGUUCAUGUGCAAAUAAUUCUGAUUUAGGGUUUAUUAUUUCAUGAUUACGAUUUAGUCGGGUAAUUCCUCUACAUGCUUUGCCAUGAAGAAGCCUGUAAACAUGUUGCUUCUUCUCCGUGAAUUGGAGACACAGUGUAAAUAACUAGCAGGGCAUGCAUGUCACUGAAUCCCUUUGUUACACAUGAGCACAAGUGAGCACAGAGCCACGUGUUCUGUGAUAAGUAUGGAUUACUUAAUCUAUUCACCAACAGGUUAAUCUUGAUAUUCGAAAACUGUAAUCGUAUGUGUUUUCUUGUUAGCGAUUAAGCACUGAGAACAAGACAUGUUUGUA